AUGGGCGACGGGCUGCCGGAGACACCAGACGCGGGCAUGGAGGUAACGGGGCUCACGGAAGUGGAACCCUCGCCGGUGGAGGAGACUCCUAUAGAGUUCAAGGAGGAAUAUUUUCCCUUCUCCACCGUGCGGUCCGCCUCUCCCACAACGUCAGUGUUAGGGCUGGGAAGUCAUGGCCCGGCAUAUUACCUCACACGCGUCCAGAAAUACUCCUCGUACGCCUUCACCGUCUUCACAGCAUUCCACAUCACGAACACUUCCAUCAUCCCGCUCCUCACCAAGUCUGUCACUGAAAGCAACCGCUACCUCCUUCUCACGCGACCGUACUAUCAAUCCGCGCUUACUGAGCCGUUACUAGUCGCUAUACCCCUCGUUGCUCACAUCACUUCCGGCCUAGCAUUGCGGUUCUACCGACGAAGCCAGUCACUGCGCAGAUAUGGAGCGGAGACGAGACGAGAUAAGAAGACGAUACCGUGGCCGCCACUAAGUGGGACGAGUGCGCUGGGGUAUCUGAGCGUUGUGGCCGUGGGCUCUCACAUGUGGACGACGCGAAUACUACCGCUGUACAUGCAUGGGGAUAGUUCGCUCAUAAACCUCUCCUACGUCAGCCAUUCGUUUGAGCUGUUUCCCUAUCUCGCAUUUGGCGGGAUGACAGCACUGGUUGGGAUAGCAACAUGGCAUACUGUAUGGGGAUGGGCAAAGUGGCUAGGUUUCCUGCCUUCCCAGGUCACUGUGACUGACUCGAGGAGACACUUGAUCAAGAAGAGGCGGUGGUACAUGAUCAAUGCAGCUUCUGCGCUUGUGGCGGGUCUCUGGAUGGCUGAAGUCUGCCAGUGA